AUAUCUGUAUCGGCCGAUAACAGCUUUUUUUUAAUCAUCGGCAUCGGGCCGAUGCCUAAGUUUUGCCGAUUUUUCAAACCGAUACUUGCUGACGCAUUUAAUGUAUGCCGGAACAUGACCGAGCGACGCUAGGCGGGCUGUGCAACAGCGGUGCAGCUAAAAUGUCGGCGGUGUGGAGGUUUUUCAGAGUGAGUGAGCAGGACAUAAAGCACGCAGUUUGCAACACUUGCUCAGCUAACGUCUUGCGUGGAGGAAGCAAAGUAAGAAAUUUCAACACCACAAAUUUGAUUACACAUUUGAAGGCGCACCACCCGGACAAAUAUACAGAGUACAUGACUGUGAAAGAGGAGACUCGAACAGCACCACGCACACCAGCGAAACCUGCUGCUUCUCAGCCUAUUGACGAGCUGCUUCAAAAAUCAAAGAAAUUCGACAGAAACAGUCCCAAAGCCACAGCUAUCACAGCAAAGGUGAUGGAAUUCAUUGCUCUAGAUGAUCAGCCGUUCUCAGUGGUGGAGGACAUUGGGUUUCGACGGCUUGUCGAGCAUCUUGAGCCUCGGUACACUAUACCUAGCCGUCGCUACUUUUCCGACGUAGCCCUGCCGGAGCUACACAGCUUGGUAGAGACUCGCGUUCACAAGCUCAUUAACGACAAUGUGACCGGCAUUAGCCUGACCACCGACAUCUGGACAUCUGAUGUGAGUCCUGUGAGCAUUCUCAGUUUAACCGCGCAGUGGAUUGACAACAACUUUGAAUUGCAGAAGGCUGUUUUGCAUGCAAAAGAAUGCUCUGGAUCACACACAAGCUCGGCACUCUCUAUGGCGUUUGAGAAUAUGUUUGAAACAUGGAAGAUUUCUAAGGAAAACAUACAUGUUGUAUUGCGUGACAAUGCACGUAACAUUGCAAAAGCUAUGGUGGAAUGUGGGGUUCCGAGCUUACCUUGUAUGGCCCACACGCUCCAGCUCGCCGUACACGACGGUGUGUUUUCUCAGCGCAGUAUCUCGGAUGUGGUUGCAGUUAGCAGGCGGAUAGUUGGCCAUUUCAAGCACUCACAUUUAGCCAGCUCUCGUCUCAAAACUAUUCAAACGGAGGUGGGUUUGCAGCCGAAAGUGCUUCAACAAGACGUAUCUACUCGAUGGAACAGUACGUUCUACAUGCUGCAAACCUUGCUGGAGCAGAAGAGAGCAAUCGGUGCUUACGCCGCUGAUUUCGAGUUACCAGCUACUCUCACGGCUUCUCAGUGGAGUUUAAUCGAAAACAUAGUCACACUCCUUGCUCCUUUCGAACAGUUAACCAGAGAGAUUUGCCAGGCUGAUGCAUUGGCAUCAAACGUGAUUCCUUCAGUCAACGCUUUAAAACGGCUGUUGAGCAAGAGUGCUCGCUCUGACUUCGGAGUUAAAACCAGCAAAAACGCUCUGUUAGAAGCUGUAAACACACGCUUCAGUGAUAUUUACACAGAGCCUCUGUACUGCGUUGCUACAAUGGUCGACCCAAGAUACAAAGAUCGCUAUUUUGCCGCAGAAGUGAAACUACAGGCACACGAAAUGCUCCAAUCCGAGAUGGAGAAAGCAUCAAGUGAGCGCUCAGAGCAAACAAGUGAGCUACAAGAACGCCCACGAGAAAAAAGAGCCAGGACGGAUGACCAAGCGACGUGCUCCCUCUUUGAUAUGUACGACGAAAUUCUGGAAGAAACGCUGACCCCUCAGGAAAACACCCAGACAACAACUGAGGUGCAGGGAUUCCUGUCAGAAGCUCCAGUAGCAAGGACAGAAAGCCCACUGCAGUACUGGAAUAACAACAAAAGUCGAUUCCCUACUAUUGCCAAAGUAGCAAAGAAGUUCCUGUCUGCUCCAUCCACUAGUGUUGACAGCGAGAGGUUAUUUAGUGCAACUAGCAAUGUGAUCAAUGAAAAGAGGAACAGAAUUGCAUGUGAUAAAGCAGAGAUGCUCCUGUUAGUGAAGAAAAACCUUCCUCUCCUUCUGAAAAAUACAGACUGAUGAACUUCUAGAAAAAAAAAUGGUUUGCUCAGAUUUUUUUGUGAAGAAGCACAAAGGCAAAGGAUUAUUUCUGUACUACUGUGUCAAAAAAGGUCCACUGGUAUUGGUUUAUGUUUAAGGAUUUGCUUUAAGUUAAUUUUCAUUUAUUUAUUUAUUUGAUUUCAUUUAUUAUUUUUAGUAUAAAGCUAAUGUUUUAUUUAAAUUUUUAUUUUAAAACCACAAAUAGUCAUAAGUAAAGACCAGUUAUCUAAGUAAAUAUGGCUAGCAUUUUUCUCAGGAGACACCUUUUCAUUUUAUUUACACACAGAUUGAAAUCUAAAAUGUUAUGCAAAUAAACGUUAUUACUUAACGAUGUGGGGUAUCUUACUGUAUUUUUUAAAAUGUCCAUGUAUAUCGGCAUCGGCAUCUGCAGAUAUGUACAUGUAUAAUAUCGGAUAUCGGCAUCGGCCCAUAAUUACCAUAUCGGUGCACCCCU